AGUUGUUGCGUGAGAGUGAGGCAACUUCCAUGAGGCUUGGAGAGCAAGCUAAAGUACUAAAAGACGAAAUUAGAAGGUUAGUAGUAUUAAAAACUAAAUUUCCAAGGGGGACGUGUAGACGGAAUUAAAUAUAUACAAACAUUAAAUAGUAUUACAAGGUUUGUUUUGCAAAAUAUCCAAUAAAAUUGGUUGUUAUAAAACAUUACUGACGAAAACUGUGUAAUACAUUUAUAUUUACGUCUAGCAUUAGCUGCUAUUUGAGGGUGAUAAAAGCUCUUCUUAUUUCCCGUGAAACGUGAAAUGGCUACUAAUUUAAUAAGUAUGCCCCGUGAAGCGUGAAAUCCUGUAUUUAUUUUCCGUGAAUAACAUUUUAAUAAGAGUGUCCUUUCUCCAUGAAACGUGAAAUGGAAGAUUUUCUCUUCGUGAAUCGUGAAAUUACUUAAUACAGUCUUUAUACAGUACAGUGCAGUACAGUUUAUACAGUACAGUACAGUACAGUACAGUACAUUGAAAUACAGUACAGUGCAGUGCCGUAUAGUACAGUACAGUACAGUACAGUACAGUACAGUACAGUACAGCCUGUACUGUACACAGUACAGCCUGUACUGUACAGCAACCUUUGUUCCUAUAUUUUAGACUGGAGAGGAACCAAGAGAGAGAGCAAGGAUUAUCAAAUUUAGAAUAUUUGAAAAAUAUUAUAAUGAAGGUGAAACGAUUGCACACUUUUUCAUGUAUAAUUUCAUGUCAUGUUCUUAUGUCAUUUUGGUGAUUUAUUUUUCUUGUAGUUCCUGAGUCAAGGAUCAAAUGAGAAAGAACAACUUAUUCCUGUUCUAACCGCCAUGUUGAAACUUAGUGAAGAUGAAAAGAAUUUCCUAUCUAAAUUUGCAAGAGGUUUGUAAAGUUUCGUAAGGCGGCUAUAUAUACUGUAUAUGCAAUGAAAUUUCACGUUCUAUGACGGCUUUGUAAACAACACUUGAAAUGACAUUCUUAACUUGCUUUUACUUGAGAUGAGCAUAAAAAAUACCUGAAUACCCUUGAGUGCACACCAGAGGCGCCGGAAUAUCGAUAAUUGCGGGGGCAGAUAUUCAUAUAUUCGUGUUCACAGACUGUAAAAACAAUCGAUUUCAAAAGAAAUUAAUUGGGCAGAACACGAAUAUAUGAAUAUCUGCCCCUCCCCCAAUUAUCGAUAUUCCGGCGCCUCUGGUGCACACGGAGGAAUAGUUUGAACUCGUGGCUGACAGUGUGAACCUAUUUAACGUAUAUCGUUGGUAGUAGCCUUGGUCUGGAACCAUUGCCUCGUGCGCACUCAAGCCAAUAAGUUACAUUUAAUACCACCUGAUAUAAAAUAUUUAAUUAUUUUCAUUUUAGAAACAGAUGAAGGUGUCGAUGAUGCUAAUUCAAGUUGGUCAAAUUAUCUUUACCGUUGGAGUUCUCUAAACUAAUAUUCAUUUUGACACGGCUUGGUGUGCCGAAAUUCCACUGGCGAAUUGAAGAACAAUUAUUAUAAACCCUGAACGAAUUUGAAGGUUGACGCUUUCACAAGAGGGAAUUUUUAAUUCUUGAAAUUUUCAAAUUGAACGAGUGUUAAAGAACUGCAUGGAACAGAUAGUAAGCUCAAAGAAAAACUCUAAAAUUUGUAUUGAAUUUGAAGUGUGAUUGCCCCAAUCGAAAUUUUAUUCACGGACAAUUGUAGUAAAUUAUUAGAAUUGAAUUGUACAUUUCGUUGAAUAGCAGAGUAGCUAACGUUGAACACAAUUACAUGAACAUUUUGAAUCAGAACUUGUCCAUUUAAAAUAAAAAUCAUAAAUCGCCAGGAAAUUGUAACUUCUGGUAAGAUUUCUGUAUAGACCUUUGAAUAUGCAUACGAACAUAAGCGUAUGAGGCGGGGGGCAGGGGGCAGCUGCCGCGGGAAAUUACAAACGUAAGUUGGGCAACACGAUGGGGAAAAUAAGUUUAAGAACAAGAAAUAUGUAUAGGUUAUUUUCGAAAAUGCAAAAAAAAUAAACAUGUUCUGGUUUGCAGGUUUUGGCGUUUUGACCAUCGAUUAUUCACAUUACACGACGCAAUGUCGUGCAUGAAGCGAUGUUUUAUUUUAAUUUAUAAUAUAGUAUUUGUAAAUUCUGAACGCUGAUUGGCUAAGAGCCGUGUUGAUAUAAUUCAAUGUCAACACGGAAACGUCGGAAAAUUUCUUUCUUUAUAUUUCUUUGUGCUAUAUUAUAAAACAAAUAUAAAACAUUUUUUCCGUAUUGAUAUAUAGUUUUAGUAUUUUUGCGCAAUUGAACAUAACAAAUCCUACACGUUGAUUGGUCAAAUUUGACGUAAUAAGCUGUUAUAUUCACCUACAGGUGAAUAUAACAAAACAGAAAUUUUCAAAAUGGCGGCUACCCGUUUUGUGGAAGUUUACUGACAAAGAAAUAAGCGAAAUUAUAAAAAUAAAUUCAGUCUCAAAAAACACAAAAGCUUGUGUAAAAAUACUAAAACAAUUAUUCGCCUCAGGC